UUAUGUUGAAGCUCCUCGCCGUGUUCUGCAUCCACGGAACGAUUCACGCCGGGAGCAACAACGUCGACCUUCCGCCGAUCAACGAGAGAUACUGGAUUCAUAUUCUCCAUCAAGCAUCGCCGGCCGAUGAGCUGACACUGCACUGCAAAUCGGAUGACAACGAUCUGGGCUGGCAACACCUGACGGAAGGUCAGGAGUUCCAAUGGAGCUUCAAGAUGAGCGUUUGGAACAACACCGUCUUCUACUGCAGCUUCUACCUGAGAGACUUAACGCAGUUCUUCGAUGCUUUUAGGAACUCGUUGAGGAUGUUCUGCGGCCACCAUUGCUACUGGUCGGUGAGAGAGAAUGGCUUCUUCUUGAGCGGCGAUAACUACACUUAUCACAAGAGGCAUGACUGGGAGCAUGGUCAUGGCCGCCUCUCAGUCUCUGCUCAUCAACUCACUGUUUGAUCCAUCAAUUACAAC